UUCCUGUGUCGUCUGUUUGGCGCUAUAGUACUUCAGUCAAGAUAAAAAGCGCUUUGUUCGCACGAGCACUAUUGUUGAUCGUGCAUCACCGCAAUGUUGGUGGCCGCCGCGCUACUUGUUCUUUCCGUCUGCUUGGCCACAACGCUGUUCAUAUGGCGGCGCAAUCAUUUCAACUACUUCAAAAAACUGGGAAUACCCGGCCCGACACCAAAUUGGAUAUGGGGAAACUUGUUGGAGUACCACUCCAUGGAAAGCUACAAGGUCGUCGGCAAGUGGAUCGAGGAAUACGGCAGUGUGUUCGGGUUCUUCAAUGGUGACGUGUCCUUCGUCGUGCUAAACGACCUGGAUUUCAUUGAAUACGUUUAUGUCCGGAAUUUCCGAAACUUUGUCGACCGUGGCAAUAUCAUGGUGACCAACGAGAUGCACCCCGUUCUCGGAAAGUCCCUGUUGCACGCCGGAGGCGUUGAGUGGAAGAAACUCCGCAGUCCAGUAGCCAGAAGCCUGAGUGCAGCCAAAUUGAAGCUGAUGGUGCCACAGCUGGAAGAAGACGCGGAACUAUUCACAAAGUCGUUGGAAGAGUACGCCGAUACGGAUGCGGAGAUUCAUAUGCUGCCAAAGUUUGAGGAAUUGGCCAUGGACUAUACAGCUCGAGGUGCUUUCGGAAUAGAAGAGCAUUUCCAAGGGAACCCCGACCAUCCCCUCAUAGAGCUCUCCCGAACUGUCUUUGUGGGCCUCAUCAAAGGACCUUUGCACAUGAUCGGACAGUGCACAACAACGAUUAGAAGAUGGAUGAAACCGUUUUACUGGUUUACUACGUUGGUCGGAGAGUUCACGUUCGAGAAUCUCGGCAAGGAUAUAGAGAAGGUUAUUGAAAUGAGGAAAAAAGAUCCCUCUCUUAAAAAGGCCGACAUUCUUCAAAAUCUUAUUGACGCGGAGGGCACUGACACUCUGGACUCCAACUCAAAUGGAGCUUCCAAGUCCAGUGAAGUCUCGUCUUCAGCAGUGGCCGGUACCGCAACUCUAGUGUUCAUCGCGGGUUUCGAGAGCCUGACCACAGCAUUGAGCUACGUCGCCUUUGCACUUGCAAAGUAUCCCGAUAUUCAAAAAAGAGUCCGCGAAGAAGUUCUAGAAGCCCUAUCUCAAACGGGUACGCUAAACUACGAAAUCAUUAUGAAGAAACUAAAGUACCUCGGUUAUGUUGUGAACGAGACGCUGAGGCUGUAUCCUCCGGGACUACUAUUUGUGACGAGAAAAGCCAAGGAAGACUUCGAGUACAAAGGAAUCAAGUACAAGGCUGGAACGUGCUUUGUGGUGUCGACGUACCAUCUGCAUACGAAUCCACAGUUCUGGCCCAAUGCCGAACAGUUCUAUCCAGAAAGGUUUGCCCCUGAAAACGAAGCCUCGCUGAAGAAGCUAGCGUAUGCAGCGUUUGGCAUAGGACCUCGCAACUGUGUAGGAGUGAAGCUAUCAUUGCUGAUUGUGAAGUACACUAUCGCCAACUUUGUGCGGAAGUAUCGCCUCGAGCUUGGUGAUUCCCAAAUGGUGUGCGCUGUGUGUCAUAAGAAUGGAAUAGCCCAAAUGCAAGAAACUUAAGCAAAAGAAGGAAGCCGUUGAUCGGUUAUUCUGUGGAGAGCUAUUACUUUGGUCCUAAUUCCAUGAUAUGUUAGACGGAGCAUGAGAGAGUCCAUAUCAGAAUGGUGUAGCCCAAAUUAUGCAGAAUCAACAAGGAGCUGAAUAUCAUGCGCUGUUGCAUUAAGAGGUCAGUGUGCCUAAGAGAUAUCUAUUAGCAAACAUUAUAUGUACAGAUUUUGUGCAUUGAUUAGAUGUUUAUUUACGCAGAUCAGAGUUGCACUCACUUGCUUUACAGAAUUGAUCGAUCGGAAUUAAGCAAUAUGACCCGGCCCGCCACGUGAAGAAACUUUGACUCCAAUCCCAAUAAUACGUACAUGGUUUAACAUCAUUUAUAUAUUAUGAUAAUUCAUGUAUGUGUAAUUGGGUUUAUCUAUUGGUCUAAUUAGUAAUAUGUUAGUGAAAAUGUCUGAACUCGGACAUUUCUGUCAGCUCGGUCAUCGAGCAUAAGCUGAGUAAUCUGUGUUUUGCAAGACAUAUAUACUGUUGAACAAUAUUUAUAGUCUAUGUCUUACUGUUUAUUUAAUUAUUCAUUUAGCUCUAAGUUGUAGUCUCUAAUGCUACAGUUUAAAUAGAUGUGGUGACAUAACGUUCAAAUAAAUUUCCUUUCAUGUGCAGUGCUUUUACAAGUCGGCUUUGCAUGGCACAUCGCAAUAAUAUUUUUUAAUAAAAAAUUCCGAGGACACCUAA